UCACUCUUGGAUUGCGGACUGUCCUUGAAAGCAGCACACGAGGAACGCUUACUUUAGUGACAGGGAGUUUUUUUCCACCCCGGUGUGACAGACGUACCCUGCACUGAUGUAAACAAAACUUUAUGAUGGCAACGACGACUUGUUUAGUGUAAAAAUGGUUCAUCUACCUGCAGACGGCCAGUAGUCCAUGACAAACAUUGGCUUAACUUUGCGCGUCCGAGCUUAACCGACAUGGGGGCGCGGUUGUCCCGAAGCGGCAGCAGCCUGUCGCUGCUACCGGAGAAGCAGCGUUCUGGGCGUCGAGAGCAGUACAGAAACGCCGAUAAUGACUCUUUGGACGGACUCGACAGACGGGAGGACAUAGCGCAGUUCCCCUACGUGGAAUUCACCGGCAGGGACAGCAUAACGUGCCCGACAUGUCAAGGCAGUGGACGCAUUCCCUCAGAUCAAGUGAAUGAACUGGUUGCAUUGAUCCCAUACAACGACCAAAGAUUGCAGCCUCAGAGAACGAAGCUGUAUGUGGUCCUGUCGGUUGUUUUGUGCCUCCUGGUGUCUCUGCUUGUGGCCUUCUUCCUUUUCCCUCGACCAGUAGUGGUGGUGGAUGGUGGGAUACGCUCAGUUAUUGUGCACUUCGACAACCCCAAUUCAAAGGUUCUGAUGAACAUGACGAGCACGCUGAACUUUCGCAACCCAAACUUCUUCUCAGUGCUGGUGCAGAGUGUAAGCUGCCAGGUCCUUUACAUGAAGACUGUGAUUGGAACCGGACAGCUGGACAAUGUCACCACCAUCCUGCCACUCAGUCAAAGUCAGGUGAACUUCACAGUCAGUGUGGAGAUUGGCAGCAGUGCACCCUACGUCUAUGCCUUUUGCACCAUGCCUACCAUCAAGGUCCACAACAUUGUCGUAUUAAUGCAAACGUCAGUGAAAACCUCGUACAUGGUGAGAACGUCCCAGAACAGCCUCGAAGCCUAUCGCUACAUAGACUGCGGUUCGAAUUCCACAUACCACCACUAAGCCAAGUAUCACACGGACCUCUCCUCUACCCACUGAUCGGCCACAUCGUUUAGCCCCAUUUGUUGAGUGUAGAAGUCUGAGAAGCAUGUUACAACUUGGGCCAAGUGUCUGGAGGAGAAAAGUAUCAGUGUUAACUUGCUGUCAAUAGCUAGCUGCUCUUUUUUCAAAGCUUAGGCAGAUUUGGUUAGAUUCAGUUGCUGUUAACAGCUUUUUCUGAGCAUGCAAUACUGUAUGAGGCAGCCUGGAGACAAAAGGACAGUUGUGUUGCUUUUGCUGCGACCGGCUGAACAAUGCACUUGUUCUAAGGAUGCGUCACACGUUCCUCUUGCGUAAUCCAAGAGGCAAAUUGAAUAAGUCCGUGCCAAUAAGCUCCUUAUAGCCAAAUGAUGGAGAAGGGACUAUCAACCAUUAUUUUUAAGGAGAAUGGUUGACAUUCCUAACUAACAAAGGAGACAUGGCCUUUUUGCCAAAAUGUAUGAAUUGUAUUAAGUAUCAAUGCAGGACUCUGUUUGCUGCUGCUGCCGUUUUAACACCAAGAUGGAAAUAUUUGACACAGCCUGAAUAAUGUUUGGCACAGUUACACAAUUGACAGCUGUAAUUUCUGUAAAAAUGAAAAGAAAGGAAUUGACCCAUUUGUAUUUUGGGUUUAACACAAGGGACAAUAUUGUGUUCUUGUGCCCUGAAGACAUAUUGUUGAACCCUGUUUUUGCUUUGAUGUUGAACAAUUUCUAAAGUUGGCAUUUGCACAUUUAAAUUAUCAGGUUUUUAAUGAAAUAAUCAGUAUUUAUAUAGUAAGUAUUUCUCUACGGUUAUGAUCCCAGUUCAUACAGAGGGAAAACUGUUCUCAGAUUAGUUUUAGAUCACUCUGAGGUGGAACUACUGAUUCUCUAGUUGGUCAUUUACAGUUUGUGAAACGACCACCCACCUACCUCAUCUACUACCAGCUAUUAAUCAUCUGGAUUUGCGGCAUGCUUUUCAUAAUGUGAGCAUUAAGCAUUUUAGGUCCUCUCUUGUCUCAGGGCCUGUUGGUUGGUAAAGGUUGACUGAUUUAUUGAGUGUUCCUAUGACUUCAGUAUCUCCUGCAUACCUUUUGUCACGAGGAAGCAGGUAAACCUUUCUUAAGGGACACUUGUUUGUAAAUGUAAGAAUGAAAGCUUUUACAAUUUUUAAAAAAUAUUUUUGUGCUUGAUUCUAUAUCAAAAAUAUGUAUAAAGGUAUUUGUGAAUAAAAAAAACAUGUACAUUA